AUGAACAGUUUAAAGACGCGUCCGAGUUCGCUAGAUAUAUGGGGGCCGGUCGCUAUUGACUAUUGCAUCGAGUCCAUGUCGCAUAUUCUUGCAGCGUGGAUUAACAAUGAAGUCGGGCUAUCCAAGCCUGUUCAAGGAGAAUGCCUUGAUACAAGCUUUCGCUCUGGAUAUCUGUUUGGUGAGCUUUUAAGCAAACUGCAGAUACAUGGCCAGAGCAUGACCUUUGUCAAUUCAGAGUCGGUUGACGCGCUGAUAAAAAACUACUCGCUGCUGGAAGAGACUCUGCAUAGUAGGUUGAACAUCAAACUCUCAAGUACUUACGCGCUGGAUAUCAUCAAUGGAAAACGAGGUGCUGCUACCAAACUCUUGUAUCAAAUCAAGAGCGCAUUGGAUGAACUCAAACUUUAUAAUACAACACUAAAAUUCGAUAACCACGUCACUCUGGCAUGUCCAAAGCCUUUAAAAAAUGCAAAUCAUAACAAAACAUAUUCUUAUCAACACAGAGAGCUUCCCAACGGAGAUUUGAUUUCAUACCCCUCGAGUCCAGCUGAACAAGUAAACCCAUUGGUUCCUCCUAUCCGCAAUGCAAAACAUGUGUAUCAUCAAAAAGAAGUCAAAUUUUUUUCAGAGAUGUUGAAAGCAAAGCUAAAAAGAUAUCAGUUUGUUCAGGAAGAUAAGCCCAAAUUUUUUGAUGCAGUAAAUCAAACUCCGCACACAAAAAAGAUGAAUGCCAAUUUAGCUCUUGCCAUCAAACACAAGACUACAAAAAAUUACAAUGCAGCAGUGAAAAAAACCUGUAAAAUUCUUAAUUCAGAUGAUAUAAUGAGUGCGACUCGUGUUCAUGAACUAGACUCGUCUGAAAAUUUAAAAUCAGUUACCAAUCUCGAGUGCACUGAUUUAGAUUUCAAACCAAAACUUGAGUCUCCAGAUGAAAACUAUUCACUGGCUGCAAAGGUCAAUAACGAGAUUUUGAAAUUCGAGCAAAAAAUGGGCAUUUACAAUUUGAGCGAGGAAGCUAUUGAAACUGAUCCAAUCUUUUCCAAAGAAAGUCGUAAAAGCAUUUGCACGUUAUCCUCUAGUUUCAAUAUUGAUACUAUCAAAGCAACUGAAAAUUCAGGAAAUCAGUUUGGUCAAAAAAUUAUUUUAAAACCUAUAGUUGCAGAAAAUCAAGAGAAAACCAAGCAAUACCUAGCAAAAAUCCGGAAUCAGCGUUUAGAGGAAGAGUAUUCUCGAAAAGACCGAGAACAGAGACGCAGAAAGAUCAUACUAAAUCAACAGCAGGCAGAGCAAGAAAUGGAGAAAUUGAAUAUGGAGAAUUUAGUUGUAUCAAAGUUGCUAAGGCAAUCCAAGCAAGAACGACGAAUUGCUGAGCAAUUGAUGCAGAUUCGACAUGAAAAGGAGAUUAUGCAUGAUAAUCGCGUUUUUAGAGAAACACAGUAUGCCAGUCAAAGACAAAAAGAUUAUGAAGAUGCCUUGACUCGCGAAUUUGAGUUAUCAGAGCAGGCGCGUAUAGAGUACAAGGAAAAAAUGUCACAGCAGAUGUUACAGCAUUUUGAGAUUCUUGAAGCCAAGCGAGCAGUAAAGCAUCAAAAAAACCUUGUGUAUUGCCAUGAUAUUGUCAAUGAGCUGAUAAAUAUAGCUUUUGAGAUUUCCGAUUAUUGUAUUCUAAAUGAUAGCAAACAAGUAUCGCAACGGCAAAUGCGCGAGUGGAAAACAAUGUUUAUAUGCUACGAAUCGGUAUCAAAACCAAGUGUUGUAGAGAUUGAACAGGAAAUGAAACUGGUUGAAAAUACCGGUGCUACAGCUUAUUCCGAAGGCACGCUGACUGAAAAACCAUCUACUUUAAACACAGAUCCUAAAACUACAGUACUUGAUGACGCAGAACUUUCUGAUUAUCUAAACAGUUUUGGAAUAUGGCAGCUUUCUGCACAAAACCCAGUAACCAACUUUUUGCUUGGCCAGCUCGUUGAAAAUAUAAUGACAUUGUCUGCGGUUCCUGAGGCGGUAUACGAAACUGUACCCAUUCCAUGUGUACCACUACGUGUUGCAAUCAUUGGCAAGCCUUUUUCAGGAAAAAUUACGCUUGCAAGGAGUUUGGCCGAGAUGUAUAACAUGACUUUGUUGCGUGUUGACGACCUUAUGAAGGAGGCAAUAAGUGUUGGUGAUCCGGCUCCUAAAAAGCUGACUACUGAUGCAAAGGACAAGAAUUUGAAAAAAAAGCUUAGUAAACAGCAAAUUGGAGCCAAGAUUCAAUUAGAAAUGCUUGAAGGACAUGGUCCAAACGACAGCAUGUUGGUGUCGUUGAUAAUUGAAGCUCUUGGCCAGAAACCUAUAAACCCUGGAGGCUGGAUAUUGGUUGGAUUUCCACAAACAAGAGCUCAGGCACAACUUCUUGAGCAUGAACUGUCUGGAUACGAAGAUCCAAAACCAAUCAAAAAAGGCGAUUUAAAACGAUCAAAAGAUAAAGAUAAAUCUGCAUCUAAAAACAGAUCAAUAAUCGCACCUGUAGAUGUACAGUGUGGUUCAACUACAGUAUCUCCUGUCAGUGGCUUGGAUUGUGUGCUGCUACUUGAUGUGAAAAACGAGAUAUCUGUUAGCAGAUGUGCUGGUCAAAGAUUUGACCCUGUUUCUGGGGAAACAUGCCACAUUGAGCUUAAUCCUCCGCAAAUUUUACCAGGAACAUUUGAUCGACUAGCCUUGCUAGAUGACGAGUCACGCGCAAAAACGCAGUUGCAGUACCAGCUGGUUGCAUUUGAAAAUGAAGAGGAGCAGCUCAAAAAUUGGUUUUCUAGAUUUGACAACUUGAAGCUAGUGGAGGCUGGCGAAGACGUGCAAAGUACCUUUAAUCAGGCUGUAGCGGUUAUUAACCAAACAAUUUCCUUGAAAGAAUCAACAAAGUCGGACGAAGAUGCAAUAUACAAAGAGAAUGAUGGAUGCAAUCCUAGUACUUUUUACAAAAGUAGUGAUGCGGUUCAGGAAAUUAAUGAAGAUGACAAAAAAACGGAUAAUGCAAAAAAUACAUUUGAAGGAAAUCAUGUAAAUGCAGGAAUUGCAACCAUACCUGGAAAUGUUCAACCUGAAAUACAAUCUGGAGCCCUGCAAGUUAAAGCUGCCACUCCAAACGAUACAAUUGAAAAACAAAAAAGUAUUGGGGUUUGUGUUCAAUCAGGCCAAUCCAAAGAUAAAGCACCAUAUGAAUCUGUUUUGUCAAUAUCUGGAAAUUCACAAAUGGAUGCAUUGUCACAUCAUAUUGCUCGAAAAUGUACCACAAAUGGAAAACAGGUUCCUUCUCAGGAUCUGGCUGAGAUAUUAACAGAUCAAUGGACAACGAUUGAAGAAACAUAUACAGACACUCUAAAGCUUACAUUUAGAUCCAUUAGAAAUGAGCAAAAUUUGAUUGCCCAAUAUUUCUUUGAUGUCAAAACGUCGUUUCAAAAGUUUUUACAGAGACCUGAUUCAAUGCAGGAUUUGAUAGAUGUGGCACAAGCAGAGUACAACGCAAUAGAGGACGAUAUUAGAUCUGAUUUAGAUACUAAAUCGGAACUACAUCAACGUAUUGAGGAUUUGAGAGAUCGCUUAUGGGAGAUAUCGGACAAAAGAAGAGAUGAUGCUGAAGCAGAGCGUUUGUCGCUUAUUGAAGAUAAAUGGACAGAAGAUCAUUCUAUUAUUCUUGCAAACACAUAUAUAUUGAUCAUGCAAGCUGAAGUAGAUCGAUAUCUGGGAUCUUGCCAAUUGAUUACAGAUUAUUAUAGAGAUUCAAACCUCAAACCGCUUUCUGACAUGAAUAGACUACAAUCAAAAAUACAUUUUAUCUCACCAUCUGCUUUAGCUCCAAUAGAAAUUGCAUCUAUUUUGGUUACUGCACACGAGUCUCAUGUAGCACAAAAACGCGAAGGUAUUCAAAGUGCAAGCAUAAACGAGCAAGUAGUACCUUUUCAAGCAAAACCAACAAAAUCUGGCAAUACCGUUUCAUCUUCACAAGGACAAGCCAAAGAAAAAGACGUGACAAAGAAGCCAGCCACAGGAAAUUCAAAAACAUCGGCCAGUGCUACAGCUACGGCUUCGAUACCGGCCAUUACUAUAGAUCAAUCAAUUCGUCAUGCUACUCCUGCACAAUACAUGCCGCUUGAAAAAGAUCCAAUUGUUAUUGAUUAUGAAAAUAUUAAUUUUCCAGAUAUUCAAGCUGCCUACGAGAUGUGUAUCGGAUUUCUCACGCAAAACGAUCACGGAAGCGAUAUUCCAUCUGCAUAUAUACCUGCUGGGGAACGACGCGACAAAAAAAAGCCUUUUGAAGUAGGAGAGAGCAAGAUUGAUGAUGCCGAGUCUCAACAGUCACCCGAGCUUUUAAAAGCACUGGAGUUAGAAGAGCAAGUAUUGCGAUAUCGUCUAGAGCGCGUGCGACAAAAAUCCAUUGAUCAUUUGAAAAAAUUUCGGCAAAAAAGCUUUGAAUCUUUUAUUUUGUUAGAUGACUGGAUUGGAGCACGCUUUCAAGCAGAGAUGAAUGCUGCCAAGGACAUGACAAACGUAUUUAAAGAGGCUAUAGAGUCGGAAGAAAAACUUUUGAAUCAGCUUACACUUUCUGGAGAAAAAUUUCAGGUGGAUUUCGGCAAACUAACACUUGAACCUGAGCUUGUUAUGCCCCCUGAAAGUCCAGUCGAAAAGUCACAACCAGAUCAGUUUACUGUUUUACAACUGCUUCACUUUGGUAAUCAACUGCGCACACUUGCACCUGCUGGACAAAUUUCAUGCAAGCAUUUUUAUGAUUACUUGGCGCGGGCUGCUGCACUUGGAUCUACAAAUGAUUUUUUUCCAGAAAGUUACUGCAAUGUUGAUGUACAGAAAUUUCAGCAAAUAUGCUAUGUCCUUGAUCCGUUUGAAACAGGAUAUAUAGAUUGGCGUAAAUUCAUUAUAUUGAAUGCACGAAUAUUGCCAGUCAAUCUUUCAUCAUUUAUUGAUAUUAAAUUGGACUUUGAUAAACUGUCGCAUGGCACACAUCAAAACCAGUGUUCAAAAUAUGAAUUCAUGCAGUUGUACUUUUGGUUUGAAAAUGACUUUCAAAAAUUAGAAGACUCCCAGUUAAGACAUUUUGAUCGACCUGGAAAACUUAAAGACGCACUGUUUGAGCUAUUUUCCAAACGGAUUUCCUCUGAUUUGAUGAGUAUUCCAGAAGCUCUGCCUCUUGACUCGUCCUUUUCUUUGGAAAAUAACAGUACUCUGGAAGAUCAGCAAUAUUUAGAUAUUCGCGAGUUUCUAGCAUGCUGUGCACUUGAUGAAAGUCCCAUAUGUGGUCUUCAAAAAGCCUUUUAUGCAUUUGGAACACUGGAUGGAUUAUGCACAGCAAAUGAUGUGUAUGAUCUUUUGCACCACUUUUUAAACUUUUCCAAAUCAUCUCACAGACUCGAUGAAGAUAGUCUUGAAGAUCCAUAUCCAAUGAUAUCAAAAGGCGGGAUGAUUUCGUUUGAAUCUUUUAUUGCAGGAUGUCAAGCGGUAGGACUGGCAAUUUUGUCAUGUCCACUUUAUCUGAUCGAGGAUAUCACAAUUUAUAAUGCACGAUCCAGACCAUCUUCUGGAUUCGAUUCAAGUAAAGGCAUGAAAUAA